UUUAGUGAAGUGGCUUGAACUCUUUUUUUCCCGGAGUAGCCUAUCGCCGAAGCCCUCCUCCCAGCCAGGUAGGAGGUGAAUCUCACGCAGGUAUCUUAACUUUCACAAUCGAAAAUGCUAGCCUACUUCUUCUCUCACAAUUUAGUCCUCGUCUAUUUUUUCCUUUUCGAUCACUGGGAUUUUACAACGACAUUUUUUGAAGGAGGACACAAUUAAGGCGCAAUUCCUAACAGUAAAGUAUACGCGCUUCGACAGACUUUGCGACCAUCGUGUGUGCGCGUGUGGUCAGUGUUUGAAUCAGACGCAUAGGAGGAUGCUUCCCAACCGCAACAGAAUAUUUGUGUCGCAGAUCAACAGCUUCACUCAUCAGCCAGUGUCUCUCAACUUCCCCGAGGAGAACGAUGAGACCAUGAGCGACGACUUCCUGCCUAGAUCGCUCGUAGAGCCUGACUGCGCGCCCAAGUCCGACGCAAGCCCGAGCGAGAUGGAGGACGAGUGGACGCCCGGAACCCACCGCGUCCCUGCGGCGGGAUGCAAACCCCCACCACCGGUGCCGCCCCGAGGCGCGCAGGCCAGGUUCCCACAGACGCCCUUCCCCAGCCAAGCGGCGCCAGCGGGCGCGGGCAGCAGCGUCCCAGACCAUUACCAGUGGGCGUGGGCGUACCCCAGCUACACCAGCGGGCGUCAGGAAGGGGGUUACCCUCACCCGCAUAGCAUGCCUUCCUGCCUGCCCUCGGAUGAGUACAGCAGCUACCCCGGCGAUGGCAGUCACCUGCAGGCCCGGUCCCAUUCUCUCCCUGGCAGAGAUAGCCCCAGCCUAGCCAGUCUGGAGCAACCGAGCUCCCUGCUCUCCAACCCGCCUCUGGCCGUCGCACACCCCCACCAACACCCCCACCCUCUGCUCCCCUACGGCUGCAUGCCCAUGGCCCCAGCCUGCUGUACACAGUACACCCCCCCAGGCCACCACCACCACAGGGGGCCCGGCCCUAUCCACCAGCUCAACCCCCAGCCUGCCUAUCACAUGGCCUACAAGCCCUCAGGUCCUGACCAGCAUCACCCUGGGCAUGUCCGAACUAGCUCAAUGCAAAGUGAGUAUGCAGUUCCUCAACCCCAACGUUCCAGUCCCAGAGGAACCCAGUUAUCCAUGGAGCAAAGGAAGGUGUUUGUCACAUACGAGUCCGACAGUGAAGACCACGUCAAAGAGAUCAUCAAGUUUGUUGCCCUGCUGAGACACAACGGCUUUGACACACACAUCGACGUCUUUGAGCAGCAGCUGAACAGCAUCAGCAAGAUUGACUGCACAGAGAGGUACAUCCAAGAGAAAGAUUACCUGAUCAUCAUCGCCAUAAGCCCUAAGUACUUCGAGGUUGUGUCCGGAGACAGCAUGUUCGUGGAGAGAGACGAACGAACGUUAAACACCGUUUACAUCCACAAACAGCUGCAGAAUGAGUUCAUCCAAAAUGGCUGCAAGAACUUCAGGUUCAUCCCUGUUCUCUUCCCUGGGGCCAAAAAGAGCCAUGUUCCCACGUGGCUUCAGAACACACACGUGUACAGCUGGCCCAAGGAUCGGGACGAUAUCUUGCGGCGGCUGAUGAGGGUGGAGAAGUACAACCCUCCUCCCAUCGGAGAGCUGCCCACCAUCGUCUCAAUCCCCAUUUAAACCUGCUACCCCGGAAAUGGAGUAGCAGCACAACUGUCUUUGAAGACAGGUCCAACCUGUGUGUGUGUGUGUGUGCUUGUGUGUGUGUGUGUGUGUGUGUGUGUGUGUGUGUGUGUGUGUGUGUGUGUGUGUGUGUGUGUGUGUGUGUGCGCGUGUGUGUGUGUGUACAUUUUGCAUUGUACAUCAGAAUGUUGAUUUUGGCAUGACUUUGUUUGGUGCAGACUGUGAAGAUGGCUCUCUUGGAAAGCUGUGUUUGAAGUCGGGUCGGUUAACCUUUGUGGGUGACAGACAGGUAGUUCUUGUCAGUGUGUGGCUCAGCUAUGAUGGACAGCGACACACAACAGAGUUCAGCUCGGUUUAAAUUCCUUUCCCAGCCCUGAUCGCUGUUUGCCAGAUUUCAGCCAUUACUCAGCUGGAUCCAACCCGGAUCUCAGCUCAGCCAAAUCCACGCCAGCUUUGAGCCAGAGGACACCCUCAUUGAUAAAUCACUCAGGUCAGAUGUAUUUGGACUCAGAACUGUCACAAAACAAGAGGUUCCGUGUGUUCUCAGGAGUGGACUAAGAGGUUCCGAAAAGGGAAAUAUACUUUUGAAAUGUGUUACAUAUAAAUAGAGUAAAAAAAUGUGACAAAUAACAGUGGGACUACAUUAUUUGCAAUACAGGUUUGACGCUCUGUUACAUAAGUCACAUCGAAUGACAUUUCCGAUAAGUUUACGGACAGCAUAUACUUUUGAAAUGUGUUACAUAUAAAUAGAGUAAAAAAAUGUGACAAAUAACAGUGGGACUACAUUAUUUGCAAUACAGGUUUGACGCUCUGUUACAUAAGUCACAUCGAAUGACAUUUCCGAUAAGUUUACGGACAGCAUUUUUCUGAUUCUCGUUAGCAUGGUUUUUUACUGUUUACUGGGGGACGAGGGGCCUUUCUAACGCCCACACAGUCUGCUACAUUACGCGUAAUUAUCACUAUGGUGAUAUCAUUAUGGUUUAAGGUGUGUCGCAUUGGCACAUUGCAUAAACAUUGUGGGUUCAUUUGUGCGGUGUUUAGGAUCUGCAGCGGCAAUGCCUUUGCUAGUUUCAUGUCCCAAGAGCUCUCUGCCUGAAGCACAUUCUUCUCCAAUGUUGAGGUGGCCUUAAUUCCCGUGUCCCGUUUGGCUAAAUCUAAAUCACCUUCUGUACUGCCUUUCAUCGAAUUGAAUUUAAUGUUGUUGCCUUUUUUGGGGUGUGAAUCAUGAUGUAUUUCCAUCAUGGCUGACAACACUGUGCCCAACUUCUGGAGUUUUGACUUCAAAUGACUUUACCCAGCUACACAAUGGUUAAUAGGUUUAAUUUUUUUUUUUUUUUUUUGUAUUACUUAAAAUGUUUAGGAAAGAUACUGUUUGCACGGGAAAUACAAAUGCAGUGUUCAUUCUGGCAGAUCACAUGCGGUACUUUGUUCUCAUAGCUAAUUGCUGUAGUCUAUUGUACACUACAGUGGAAUUCUUAAUGCAAUCAUGUUGUCAAUUUGUGUACUGGGUACCCAACAAAGGUAGUCUGGCUAUCACCAUACUAAGCUCAAUCUUUUAAGAUUGAACAUUAGUAUGGGGAGUCUGCGCUUUAUGUCUACUGCACAAGAAACGUGAUCAGUGGGCAUUGUUCAAAUGACUCCGUACACUUGGAUUGUCCUUCAACCAAUCAGACCUACAAUCCGGUGUGUCUUUUGGAUAAGCUAGUUUGUGAUUGGACCCAAAGGUUGUGGACAGGAAGCAGGGGAGAUAGAUGUGCAGGUUUCCAACCUGAGCUGCCGGACGAAACCCAAAUUUGCCGGCAGGUCAGGCAGGGUUCACCCAGCCUACAAUAAAUGGGUACACUACCCAAUAAAGGGGUACCAUGUUUGUCUAAGAUCAAGGAAAAGGGUCACGCUCUUACUCGUGACAAUGUUACAUUUCUGGGGUCACCAGGCAUUCCAGGAACAUUGUCAACGUCAGACUUCCCUCUCCAUAUUGCAAGUCAAUGUGUCAGUGCAUCAAAAUGCAUUUUAAAGUUAAAGAACAACACCGUGUUGCUUUAAUGAAUAUACUUACAAUAUCUGAAUGUUCAGAAUGUUUGAGUUUUGUUUUGUUUUGAAUAUUUGGCAGGCCCUUUUUUUUUAUCAAUACAAUGAGAAUAAUGUUGUUCCGUUUUCCUCACCUUGAUUAAAGCACUCAUUCUUAUAUCGGUGCUUGACGUUGUUGUUGUUUUGUUUUGUUUUUUUAAAG